UCUGCGCGGCGCUGCCGCUCGGUGAGCGCGGGUUCGUCGCGGUGUUUCAGUCGGGGCUCCGCUCCUGCCGGCACAGCGCCGAGCCGCCGCGGCGCGAUGUCGUGGCUGACGCGGGCGGGGAAGUCCAAGGAGAAAGAGGAGCCAGAGUGUUCCGUGGGGCGGGAGGAGAGGGGGCUGCUGGUGCAGGUCAUGCUGGAGCACGGUGGGGAUCCCUGGGAUUAUAAAGCUGUCGGCCAGGAUCCCACCCUGAAAGCCGCCGAGAGGCACUGGGUGAACUACGUCUCCACGUAUCACCCCAAGGGAGACAAGAAGUGCUCGGCCCUGCAGUGGCUGCUCUUCGACCUGGCCAGCGUCCUCCAGGCUGCGGUGGAGGAGAAGGAGCAGUGCGCGAAGAACCUGCAGAACAGCUUGCAGGUGGCGCACAACGAGAUCCUGGCGCUGCGCUGUGACAACGCGCUGCUGGGCGAGCAGCUGCGGAGGGCCAGGGAGGAGCUCAGGGCUGAGAGCGCAGAGAACGCCCGGCUGAGAAGGAAGGUGCAGUGCCUGAGCAGGCUGCUGGGGAAGGGGCUGGAUCAGAGGAAAGUGGCGGCUCUGAGCGAGGGAGACGGGGAGCCGGGGCUGCGGGACGGGGAUGUCUGGGACGUGGAGAUCCAAGAGAACUCCGCUGUGCAAGGUGGGGUUGCUGUGGGUGCCAGGAAAACGAAACUGGCAGAGCGAGAGGGAAGCGCAGGAACGGGGGAUAGAGAUGUGUCAAAAAAAGAGAAAGUCUGGAAGAAAAACAAGGAGGGCUGGCCCAUGUGGGUAAACCGCAUUUGGAGCUUAGAACAGCGCACUCCCUUCACGCACGAGGCGGCAAAGCGGGUGGUCACGGCCAUAGGGCUGCCGUGGCCGAAGGUGGGGGCCAUCAUCAGAGCCUUGCCGCCCGAUGAAGCCUUGGGAGGAGAAAUCUUAAGGCUGGUGAUUAGAAAUCUAGGGGAAUAUGAGCCCCUCAAGGAUAACAUGGAAGGGGCGCCCUGGAGAGAUAUCCAGGAGGCGGCGGCGUACGUGUGUGGGAAUGUGGUGCUGCGGGCACUAAAGCAGCAGGAGAAACCCGUGAGCUCCGAUUUUGACAUUCUGGGCAUGAAUGUGGAGCAGGGGGAUGUCGGGGUGCUGGCCUGCCGUGCUCCCGAGGCACACAGGGGGUUCUUCAUCAGCCUGGGUUCCACGCUGAUUGGCCGUCCCCUCCAAGAGUGCAUGGCCACCCUGGAGAACCUGGGCACCCUGGUGGGGGCGGAGGGGAAAGAGAAGGCGAAGAAGGAAGCAGCGAGGGUGAGGACGUACAUCCCUAGGGGGAUAAUUUGGAGAUACUUGAUAAAUCAGGGAGUAAAUGAAGGAGAGCUAGAUAGUCAGCCCACAGGAGUUCUGCUCGCCAAAAUGAAGAAAAUCCUUCAGGAAAAAGGGAUGAAACAAGAGGAGAUUUGGGAAAAACUAAAGCAGAUGAAGCCAUUGCCUCCUCUUCCUACCCCAAAGAGAAAACAAUAUCCGUUACAGAAGGACCUUAAAGAUUAGGGGUCCCAGCCCCGGUGUCAAUGGGAUUAACCUCCACCACGCUUACUUGAUAUCUGGAAGAAGGAACUGCCUGGAAGCGCAGUGUCUGCUGAAUGGCAGUGAGAAGUUACACAUUCGUUCUCAGUUGAUAUGGGAUUAAAAGCAACAUUAUUAGAUUAUGAGGGGGUCUGGGAUAAAUCAGUAUUGGGAGUAUUAGGGGGAAAAGAAGUAGAAGCACACAUGUGCAUGGGGGAAGAUGAAGUGAAUGGGCAGAUAAUGCUGGUGAAGGGGUAAGGAGGGCAGAUAUUUUAGGAAGGCGUUUCCUGUCCCAGUUCAGGGUAGAUCUGUCCAUACGAAAGCUACAUUUGUUGUUGCUUCAAAAAAUGAAAAUAUGAGGGGAGUCUCCAAGUCAGUGAAAUGCUGGUAUAAAAGUGAAGUGAAAGCAAGAAGUGUCCCAGUUUCAGCAAGGCAGAGCUGACUUUCUUCAGGGCGUGUGGUGUGGUGCUGUGUUUUGGCUUCAGGAGAAAUACAGUGUUGAUAGUGCACUGAUGUUUUUGCUGUUGCUGAGUGGUGCUGCACAGAGCCAAGGACAUUUCAUCUUUUGGUACUGUCCUGCUAGCAAGGGGGCUGGGAGUUACAGAAGCGAGGAGGAGACAGAACCAGAGCAGCUGACCUACACUGGCUAAAGGGAUAACUCAUAGCAUAUGGCAUCAUGUUGGACAACAGAGCUGGGGAGAGCUGCUCAGGGGAGCAGCUGCUGCUAAGGGAUGGGUUGGGCAUUAGUCAGCGAAUGGUAAGCAGUCACCUGGUGUAUCACUUGUGCGUGUGUAUCUGUAUAUAAUUUUUGUUUCUGUUAAUUUCUAUUUCUUUUCUUAGUGAAUUGUUUUUAUCUUAACCCAGGAGCUAUACUUUAUUUUUUUUCCCCAGUUCUCUCCCUCAUCCCACAGUGAGCAAACAGCUGCCUGCUAGAUUAAACCACAACACAGAUAGUAAAGAGAGACUGUGAGUCCUUCAGCUGUUAGCUGCAUCAGGGUGAGACUGAAGGUAAUUGACGAAGUAAGAGGACUGACCUGGAACGAAGCAAUCCUGGUUUUGUGUGAGCGAAGAACAUAUGAGGUACCAGUGAUAGCUGCUGAGAGCUAUGCCUGAAUAUGGCCAUGGCCAGAAAACUCUCUGGCCCAACUUAAAGGUUGGGUUAAAAGCUAUUUGUUAUUAAGGAAGAAAAGGAAGAAAAAAUAAUAAUAAAAAUACAAUAGACAAAUACAAUUGUCAUUGCUGUAUACAGGUACAAUGCAAUUGCUCAGCUAGUCAUCAGGAGCUGAUGCCAAGCCAGUUCCUGAGCAGUGGCUGCCUCCCCUGGUGAGCUUCCCACGGCUUUAUACUUUUUUAUGUGAUAUGCGGGGGGAAAGCAUCUGGGCAGUGGAGGACUGCUGAAACUGCUGAUCCUCCCAUGGUACUGCUCACCAAUGAGAUGCCCAUGUCUUGUUUUGCAGGUUCUAUGGGUAAAGAUAGAAACCAAAGUACAAUGUGGGUCAUUUGCUCUGCUCUGUUGUGAAUGCUCUGCCUUGCCUCUUGCCUCUUGAUCUAGAUGUUGUUUUUUUCUGACACCUAACUCCAAGUAAGCAGACAAAAGACAUUGAAUUGAAUUACUUUCCAUUAUUUUUGGUCUGAUUUUUGGGUGGUGCUGUGUGGAGCCAAGAGUUGGACUGGAUAAUCCUUAUGGGUCCCUUCCAACUUGGGAUAUUCUAUGAUCACAUACUAUUGAAUAUCCUGUUAGUUAAUUUAAGAAGCUUUAAGACUGGAAAAGACCACUAAGCUCAUCUAGUCCAACCAUCAACCCAUCACCACCACGCCCACUAAACCAUGUCCCUCAGUGAUGUACUGUGUAGAAAGGCCAUAACAGAUAUAGCUGCUUUAAGCCAGUCUGUCUUCCAAAAAUUUUGCCAACAUGUCCAGGUCUGUCAAUCUUUUGUAGAUUGAAUCAUAGAAUCGUAGAAUCGCAAGGUUGGAAACUACCUGCAAGAUCAUCUAGUCCAACCACCCUCCCAUUCCUAUCAGUACCACAAGCUACUAAACCAUAUCUCAUAGCUCCUCAUCCAGGCGCCUCUUGCACACUGCCAGGGAUGGCGACUCCACCACCUCCCUGGGCAGCCAUUCCAGUGCCUGACCACCCUCUGAGAGAAAAAGUUUCCUAAUAUCUAACCUAAACCUCCUCUGGUAUAACUUCUGGCCGUUUUCUCAGGUCCUACUAUUUGCCUGGAAGAAGAGGUCAGACCCUUUUUCAUCACAACCUCCCUUCAGGAAGUUGUACAGUGCAAUGAGGUCUCCCCUGAGCCUCCUCUUCUCCAGACUGAACAAUCCCAGCUCCCUCAGCUGCUCCUCAUAAGACUUGUGCUCCAGACCCCUCACCAGUUUGGUUGCCCUUCUCUGGACACGUUCCAGGGCCUCAAUGUCUUUCUUGUAGUGAGGGGCCCAAAACUGAACACAGUACUUGAGGUGCAGCCUCACCAGUGCUGAGUACAGGGGGAUGAUCACCUCCCUGCUCCUGCUGGCCACACCAUUCCUAAUGCAGGCCAGGAUGCUGUUGGCCCUCUUGGCCACCUGGGCACACUGUCGGCUCAUGUUCAGCUGAGCAUCAACCAACACCCCCAGGUUCCUUUCCUCUUCACGCUCAUCCAGCCACUCAUCCCUAAGCCUGUAGCGCUGCAUGGGGUUGUUGUGGCCAAAGUGCAGUGUUGUAACCUUCACCCGUUCGUUUUCCCUGGGAGACCGCAGCUUGGCCAAUUACUGAGGUGACACCAAUAUGGUGAACAGCAAAAUGGUGCUUUAAUGGAACACACGCGUGCUUAUAUAUGGAAAGGCGGAGGGCCUAACGCGUUACAACCCGAAGAUGGCGCAAGCGCCUAAUACAACAUCUCCCCCUCCCCAUGCCAAAAGAAACCUUGCCCCGUUACAAUACGCAAUGUGCUAAACCUAAACAACAUGUAUUUUAGAAUUUAUCCUGCAUUCUACGAUAUUCCAAUUGCGUGUAGAUCAUUUUCUCAGUCAUUUGUUGUAUACAACCUUGCAAACAUCGAAAGAUACAUGGCAAGCACAGCAUUAGUCCCAAAAAUAUAAGAAGCCCUAUUACUAAUGCUUUAAGUAACUGCUUAAGCCAUGGCCCAAUCCCACCAAACAAAUUCUCCAACCAAUUUCCGAAGGGAUCUUCCUGUAUUCCGAUCUUUUUCGUAUGUUCCUUUAGCAGUUGUAACUUCUUAUGUAGCGAUUCACUGUGAUCGCUUAAAUUGAAACAACACAUCCCUUCAAAGUCGUUGCAUCCAUGACCCUGUGCCAGGAGUAGGAAGUCGAUCGCCGCUCUAUUCUGGAGCACAGCAUGCCUAAGGCUAUCAACGUCCAUGAGUAGUUCGCUUAGGAGCGCAGAAGUCAUGUUGGCCUGUUUCAUGGACCAACAAGCUAGUCUUUCUGUGUCCUUAAGCGCUUGAGCCGCGGCUACUCCCGGAGCCAGGAUGGAUGCAAAUAUUCAUGCAGUUGGUCCCCAAAGGUGUACCUCGUCACCGCAGUCUGAUCCUAGGGUGUGAAUACUUUGCUUUUUCCGAGUCCCUUUACUCAUGUCCCUGACCAAUUAUAUAUAUGCUUAUAUAUGGAAAGGGGGAGGGCCUAACGCAUUACAACCCGAAGAUGGUGCAACCAACACCCCCAGGUCCCUUUCCUCUUCACACUCAUCCACCCACUCAUCCCUAAGCCUGCAUGGGGUUGUUGUGGCCAAAGUGCAGAACCCGGCACUUAGCCUUGUUA